AUAUCACCAUAUUCUCUCUCUCCAAAUGCUUUGAACUUGUCAUUCUCAUAUUUUCUUUUGCGUAUAUAAGGCUAUAUAAAAAUAUAUGCAAGAGAACCUGAGAAGCAGAAACUAAAUUCAUAUGGCGCCCAAGGAAAAAAGCAUCUAUGUUGCGAGCUUUUCUAUAGCUGUUAACCUAUUGUUCUGUCUGUGUGCCUUCAAACUGUAUGUGGAAGGAGAGUGGAAAUUGAGCUGGAGCAGAAGAGCAGCAGAAGAAGCUGAGCACGUAGCAGCCAUCCCUUGCUCAGGGCAUGGACGAGCCUACUUAGAUGGCCUAAUUCUUGAUGGGAAGGAACCUGUUUGUGAGUGCAAUUCCUGCUAUGGAGGCCCUGACUGCUCUUUGUUUGUAACUGGAUGUGCAGCAAACGCCGACGGCGGAGACCCAUUUUUCUUGGAGCCCUUUUGGAUGCAACAUGCAGCUAAAAGUGCAAUUGCAGUAGCAGGAUGGCAUCGAAUGAGUUACAGCUACCCUGAUAAAUCUUCCAUGUCAGCAGAGCUUGAGAAUCACAUCCGCACAGUUCAUGCCAUUGUUGGGAAUGCUGUGACUGAAGGAAGAUACAUUGUUUUCGGUGCUGGCUCAACCCAUCUUCUCAACGCUGCACUUUACGCGUUGUCUUCUGAUAACUUUAACUCCUCACCUGCAAGUGUUUUGGUUUCAGUCCCUUAUUACAAGCUUUACCAAACACAAGCGGAGUUUUUUCGAUCACUUGACUUUAAGUUUGAAGGAGAUGCGGCCUUGUUCCAGAACAUCUCAGAUGAUACCGCAAACGUUAUUGAGUAUGUUACCUCACCAAACAAUCCUGAUGGGCAGCUGAAGAAGGCAAUGUUUCAAGGCCCAAAUGCCAAAGCAAUCUAUGAUCGCGUAUAUUACUGGCCACAUUUUACAGCGAUUCCAGCUCCAGCAGAUGAUGAUCUUAUGAUAUUUUCAAUUUCUAAGUUCACUGGCCAUGCUGGUACUAGAUUCGGGUGGGCAGUGGUGAAGGAUGAGUCUGUGUACCAAAGAAUGGAAACCUACAUACAGUUAAGCAGCUUCGGUGUUUCCCGGGACACUCAGCUAAGAGCUCUGAAGCUUAUGAAUGUCGUCCUUGAAACUCGGGCCAAGGAAAUUUUUGAAUUUGGGUUCGACAAUUUGAAGAAACGGUGGGAAAAGUUGAGCAGUACUCUUCGUUUGUCAAACCGAUUUUCUCUGCAGAAAAUUGCACCCCAAUACUGCACGUAUUUCCAAAAAAUUAGAGUACCUUCACCAGCUUAUGCGUGGGUGAAGUGCGAGAGGGAAGAGGAUAAAGAUUGCUAUGGAGUUCUGCAACAAGAAGCGAAUGUUUAUGGUCGCAGAGGUAGCUUGUUUGGCACUGAAGAUCGAUAUGUUCGCCUCGCCCUCAUAAGAAGCGAAGAUGAUUUUGAUAUAUUGCUUCAGCGACUUAACCAUUUAGUCUUGGCUGAAAGGAAUAGCAAAAUAAUUAUUUCUUCUCAAGUAGGGGGUCAAUACGUGAGUUAAUCUGCUACAGAGAAAUAUUGCAGAAAUAUAGUAGAGCACUACUCGUGCUCCCUUAUGUACGUUUGCAGAAAUAUAGGAUAGCACUACUCGUGCUUCCGUAUGCACGUCUACAUGUAUCGGUCACCAUUUUAGGUCUUGGUCUAUCUACUUGUAUUUCUUGUUUGAAUGUUGGACGUUGACUCAAGUUUCAAUCCUUCAUUUCUCCCUGAUUACAAAUAUAAUGUACUGUGGUAUUGCUUUCUAAAUAUGUGAUUCCUUAGUUCAUA